AUGAGAUUUUCCUUCUUAUUAUUAUCCAUUGGAUUGCUGGUUCCCACUUGUUUAGGUGUGCGAUAUGAGACCCUCACAUCUAAGUACAAGAGGAACAUUGUUAAGAUUACUGAUGCCAAUUACCAAGAUCUUUUGAACAACGAGGAUUUUGACAUAGUACUGUACCUGACCGCAUCCAGUCCACAAGUUGGUUGCGUUCUAUGCAAUGAAUUCCAACCUGUAUUUGAACAGCUCGCCUCCUCAUUUUAUGAAAAUCUUGAAACUCAUGGUCUUGGCUCUGAUGACACAAAGUUGAUCUUUGCAUAUUCUGAUUUUCCCGACUCCAGAAAGCUUUUCCAACAAUUGGCACUUAAUAACGUUCCGAAGGUUUACUACUACAAUGCACAGCAAGGAAUUGGUUUGAAACCUAGUGAUGAAUUCAUGUUUAUGAGCACUGAUCUGCUCUCUACAUUGACGAGCUGGUUGGUGGCUAAGACGCACCUAAGCCCCGAACUAUUUGCUUUAAAGACCAAAAUCAACUAUACUGAGUUAUUCUUAACAUUUUGCAUUGUUUUCGGACUUGGGGUGAUCAUCACACUGAAUUAUAAAAGGGUUUUAGCCAUCAUUACCAACAAAAGGGGCUGGCAAGCGUUUAGCAUUUUGCUUGUCAUUCUGUUCACAUCCGGUUACAUGUUCAACGUUAUUAGAAAUACACAGUACAUUCGUACAAAUAAAGACGGUUCCAACAUCUAUUUCAUGGGUGGACACCAAGCACAAUUGGGAGUCGAAACACAGAUUAUUUCGGUAAUCUAUGGACUUUUCUGUGCUGGUAUGGUGAUCUUGGUGGACAUGUUCAAGAAGUUUGAGAAUGCCAAGUUGAGACUGUUUGGUUCUAUUGGUUUAUCAUUUGGCCUUUUCGUUUUAUACAGCAUUCUGGUGACUUGUUUCCAUGCCAAAAAUACUGGCUAUCCAUAUUGGCUUCUAAAAUUAUGA